GUGAGAAAAUGGGAUGCUGCGGUUCAAAAAACAAGCAGAAUAGUAGGAAUUCAAAUCGAAAUGGACAACAAAUGAAUCAAACCGGAACCCAAUCAGGCCCCUAUCCUGCCCAGAAUCAACCUCAGAAUAGGAAUCAACCUCCACCUCCACCUCGACAGCAGCAGCAGCAACAAGCUCCACCUCCCAAUGGACAGAAGCCUCCACAACCUCAACGUCAACAACCGUCUCCAGGUCUCCCGUACCAGCCACAACCGCCUCCUGCGUAUGGGGCUCAACAGCCAUACUAUCCACCGCAACAGCAAGUCGUAGUGGCUGCUCCUCCGCCAGUGGUCAUUGUGGAUCCUUAUCCAUGUUAUGGAGGUGGAAUGUACUACGGUGAUCCAUUCUAUUGUGAUCCGUUUAUGUUUUAAUCGAGAUGUCAAAUGAAAAGUAAGAAGAAGAUGAAGUGACUUGAAAAUAUUUCCGAUAAGAAAUAAUUGAUAAUUGAUCCUUUUUUUGCAAUAAAAAUAGUCUGAGAU